UUUGAUGAUAAUAUGACAUUUUGAAUAGUAAGGUCUAUAAAAUAUUCUUGCAUUGCGGAACAAUAUUGAACAAUCGAAAAUUCGUAAUAUUAUUAUGCUCAGUAGAAAAAUAUUGCUUUAUAUCUAAGCGGACUGCUAAACUCUUCCGGAAUUCAUCCUGCUUUUUGUACUUUCCGUAUAGCAGUAUAAGAUUUACCUAACUGUUUACAGUGCAUGUGCUGUGGAUGUUUUGAACAUAACCCAUGUCCAAACCAACCUCUAAAUGGACGGAUUUGUCGAAGCCGCUCAGCGCUCCGGUGCUAGAAGUCAUAGACACAAUGGGUUUUACCAAGAUGACACCGGUACAGGCAGCAACUAUACCUCUUCUGAUGUCAUACAAGGAUGUGGCCGCUGAGGCAGUAACUGGAUCUGGAAAGACAUUGGCGUUUGUUGUACCUUUGUUUGAACUGCUACUAAAACGUCAGCGGGAUUCGGCUUGGAAGAAGUUUGAAGUUGGGGCAAUUAUAAUUUCACCCACACGGGAAUUGGCAUUGCAAAUCAGUACUGUGUUGGAACAUUUUCUGGAGCACGAACAAUUGAAGGUAUUCAAACAAAAGUUGCUGAUUGGAGGAAGUUCAGUAGAUGAAGAUGUUGAUUCGAUUAGAAAAGACGGUGCCAAUGUAAUUGUGGCAACGCCUGGGCGGUUGAAAGAUCUACUGGAACGAAAGGGGGAUCUCAACUUGCCUGCCAAAGUGAAAAGUCUGGAAAUAUUGGUGCUAGAUGAAGCUGAUCGUUUACUUGAUCUUGGUUUCGAAGCUACGAUUAAUACUAUUCUGGGUUAUUUGCCGCGGCAACGACGGACAGGCUUAUUUUCUGCCACGCAAACUAAAGAAGUUAAGAACCUGAUGAGAGCCGGCCUGAGGAAUCCAGUACUGGUUAGUGUGAAAGAAAAAGCGGCUGUUAGUACGCCAAAAUUACUGCAGAAUUAUUACGUCAUUGUAGAACCAGAGUAUAAACUUGCUGUUCUUUUGGCAUUUAUCAAGAAGCAGCAAACCAAAAAAGCUAUGGUAUUUUUCCCAACGUGCGCUUGUGUUGAAUUUUGGAAGAUCGUUUUGGAGGAACUAUUGCAACCCAUGAAAAUAUUGGCACUUCACGGUAAAAUGAAGUCUCAAAGGAAUCGGAUUUUGACGGACUUUCGAGAAUCCGAUAAUGCACUGUUACUCUGUACAGAUUUGCUUGCCCGUGGAGUUGAUAUUCCUGAGGUCGAUUGGGUUAUCCAAUGGGAUCCGCCAUCCAAUGCAGCUGCCUUUGUACAUCGGGUUGGUCGAACUGCUCGGCAGGGUAAUGAAGGUAAUGCACUGAUUAUGCUCUUACCUUCGGAAGAUACGUACGUGGAUUUUCUGACUCGUAAUCAGAAAGUGUCACUGAAACAGGUAUCACUAAAAGUAGGUGACAAAAAGCUCGUAAAAGUGUUGAAAGUACUUCAUCGACUACAGAUGAACGAUCGAGGAGUGUAUGAUAAGGCAAAUCGAGCAUUUGUAUCACAUGUACAGGCGUACAGCAAACACGAAUGCAAUCUGAUUCUGCGAGUUCAGGAUCUCGAUUUGGGCAAGAUUGCAACCAGCUACGGGUUACUUCAGUUACCGAAAAUGCCGGAAAUGAAAGAACACUUUAAACAAUCCUUUCGUGGACCGACAGAACAAAUUAACAUAUUCGAUCUGGUUUACAGAGACAAGCAGAAGCAAACAUCCUACGAAAGUAAAUUAAAAGUAUUCCAGGAAACCGGCGAAUGGAAAACCAAUAAGAAAAUGAUGAAACGGAAAUCCAUCCCCUGGGAGUUGGCUAAGAUGGCUCGCGAGGAGCGCAAAGAGACCCGCAAAAGACGACGGGAGGAUAAACAGAAACGAAAAGCCGCGAUCGAUGCGGGCGAGAUUGCACCUGUUAAAAAGAAAAAGGCAAAAUUUUCUCAAGAAGAAUUGGAGGAACUGGCAAACGAUAUACGGGCUCUGAAAAAAUUGAAAAGGAAAAAAAUAACAGAAGAUGAGUUUGAUGAUGAGUUGGGACUAAAGUGUAAUGAUGCCGAAGCCGACAAUGAACGUGAAUAGAAUGUUACAUUUUUUUAAUAAUAAAAAAAAGU